AUGCCAGCACUGAGGGCAUAUUUGUCGCUAGGCCGCAAUUUUGUCGUUGAGGAUUGUCCACCAGGAGAUGCUUUGCAGGUUGUCAGAUGCUUGACUGUUGGAUCUCAGGGUGAGCAGGGAGUCAGCAGUGGUUCGGUAGCCCAAGUGUUAGGUGUUAGAGCUGUCAAUAAGAUCCAUAUGAACAGACUUGCUCCUGGAGCUCGUGCAGUGUGCGACCGUUCACCAUGUCGG